CAGACUGCCACUUUGAGAAUGGAGAUGACCAUGUGUUUUCCUCUGUUGCUGCUGAUCUGCUCUCUCUCUACGGCUCAGCUUCAGUCUGACAAUGAAACUGUUCCACAUCAUGCUGAAUCCCAGGGAGGAGAACCAACAAAUGUGUCUGAGCACCAACAGACCUGUCCUCAAGACAUCCACGCUGUGCUGAGAGAGAUGAGCGCCUCUUUGGCUGAACAGAGGGUGGAGACAAGGCACCUUCAGAGAGAGAAUGAAGCACAGGCAGCUCAGCUGAGAGAACUGGAGUUACAGAAGACUGAGAUGGACAUGUUGAAGCUACAGCAACAAGUACAAGCAGCAGAGCUGAUCACUGUGAAAGCCAGGUCAAAUGUCACAGAAAACCAGGUGGAGGCUCUGAAGAGAGACGGAGAAGUCAAACAGGUGGCUUUCUCAGCCUCUCUGUGGGCUUCAGGCACAGAAACAAUCGGACCAUUUAACAUUGAAUCUAAUCUGGUCUUCAGAUACGUCUUCUCAAACAUUGGGAAUGCCUACAACCCAAACACAGGUUUUUUCAUUGCACCGGUGAGAGGAGCCUACCACUUUGAGUUCUACGUAUACGGUCCCGGUGAUCCGACACAUCGUUCAGGUGCUAUGUUGUUCAAGAACGGAGAGAGAGUUUGUAUUGCAUUUCAACAUCAGACUUCAGGUUGGGCAACAUCUUCUAAUGGUGCCACGCUGCUUCUAGAGGUCGGAGAUGUUGUGUUUUUGCGUUUGUGGGCAAACUCCAUGAUAUGUGACAGUAGAAAUCAUCAUAGCACCUUUAGUGGUCAUCUACUUUUCACCACCAUGUGAAAAAAUAAACCGUUUUCGUUGUGUGUCAGUACUGGUUGAAAAAAGUGUAAUUUGUUUUUCCUUAAUAUGAAAGCUGAUAACAACACUGUACAAUACACUUUUUAAUCAAAAAUAUGUGUGCAUUUAAGUGUCUUGGCUAACUGUAGAGAUCACAACAGUCGUUAAGUUAAUUUGUGUACCUUAAUAUAAAGUGUUACCAUAAAUAAAAA